AUGAUUGCAUUAGAGUAUUGUUAAUAGCUAUUAGAGCUAUAUAUACUUGAAUUUAGUCAUCCUGAUGAAAUUUAUUAUCAUGAUGAUGAACCAGUAUAUUAGAAUUUAAACUAAAGUAAACUCCAGUUUUUGAUAGACAUACCACUCAACAUGUUUAAUCGGUCUUAUGGAAAAGAUAAUCAAUAAGGCUACUUGAGAAUGCCUCCUAAUAAGAACUUCAAAUCAAAAAUGAUUAUGGUUUGUUUGAGACAUAUGAACCUAAGCCUUAUCUAAUUGUUGUCGAUAGAGACAAAUCAGAUGAUAAAUAUAGAUUAGAAGCCAUGAAGAAGAAGAAGGAUAAACGAAAUGCAAAAAAUAGAGAUCAAAAUUUACCAUACAAUGAAUACAUUCACCCUGCAAAACAAAUUUAAGUUAAAUUGAUGUUACCUAAAAAACCAUUAAAGGAUUAUUAAGCAUAUGAUUCUGAUGGCAGUAUUAUGAGAAGGAGAGAACAAGUUAAACAGUUAAGUCCAAUUGUUAAUGCAGUCAAGAGUAAAUUAUAAGGAAAAGUUGAUCAAAAAUAAUAGGAACCUGUUGCAGAGGAAAACAUUAUUAAUUAAUAAGCUCUGUUUAAAUUGAAGGUAUCUACUAAAGUUAAAACAUAAUAUGAUGAACCAUAUAAUUUUGAAGCUUUUCCUUUAAAACCAGGAGUUAAACUAACAUUCUCUUAAGAAAAGAAGAAAAAGGACGAAGAGAAAGUCAAUAAUGAAGAAGAAGAUCUCACUGAUGCCGACGCUUAUCAACUAUAAAAGUUUCAUAAAAAACCAAGUUACACCACACUUCCUUUAUUUAAAUUACCAAAAUAAAAGCAUAAUAUAACUCAUGAGAGAUCCUUCCGUACUAUUAGAUAAAAUAAAGGAUUUGAAUAUUGA